AGCCAAGCGGGGCCUGCGCUGCCAGCGGGACCGGGCCGGGCCGGGCAGCGGGACCGGAGACAGCACCGGGAGCAGCAGCGGGGCAGGGGGGGUCUCACCCCACGGACACGCGUGUGCCCCAAAAGGGAGGGGUGGUUGCUGACCCGCCGGGUCCGGACCUCCGCGACCCCCGGCGCGGGGGGGAUCUGGGGGCAGCGGUCGCUAUUUGGGAGGGGAUCGGCGGGUCGGGGGGUGCGCAGCCCCCCGGCAGCCCCCCCGACCCGGGCACCAUGUCCACCCGAGACCAGCCGCCGGCGCAGCCCCCCUCGGCCGAGGCAGUGGAGCCCGAGGGGGCGAACCGGUACGAGGCGGUGGUUCCGCACUGGUUCUACCGCAAGGUCAACGACCCCCGGGAGCGCUGGGUCCCCUUCAGCAUGCAGGACUCGGAGAGGCUGGAAGAGGCUCACUGCUCAGGGGGAGGUGAAGCAGAUGUGGUUGUGCCCACGUCGGGGGGUCGGUACGACGUGCUGCUGGGGCAGAGGCAGCGCGUGGCCGUGUACUGGGAGGAGGAGGUGGCCGAGGUCCGACGCUGCACCUGGUUUUACAAGGGGGACAAGGACAACAAGUACAUCCCCUACUCGGAGGCCUUCAGCGAAGAACUGGAGGAAGCUUACAUGGUUGCUGUAACCCUGGAUGAGUGGAAGAAGAAGUUGGAGUCUCCUAGCAGGGAAGUCAUCAUCUUGCACAACCCAAAGCUGAUGGUGCACUACCAGCCCGCGGCCAGCUCUGACGAGUGGGGCUCCACUCCCACCGAACAAGGUCGUCCCCGGACAGUGAAGAGAGGGGUGGAAAACAUCGCUGCUGAGAUCCCCAAUGGAGAGCCCCUGCAGAUCGAUCACUUGGUGUUCGUGGUUCACGGCAUCGGCCCCGCCUGCGACAUCCGCUUCAGGAGCAUCGUGCAGUGUGUGAAUGACUUCAGGAACGUCUCUCUCAGCAUGCUGCAGGCACACUUCAGGAAGGCCCAGGAGCAGCAGCAGAUCGGGCGGGUGGAAUUCCUGCCUGUCAACUGGCACAGCUCCCUCCAUUCCACUGGUGUGGAUGUUGACCUGGAGCGAAUCACCCUGCCCAGCAUCAACCGCCUGCGGCACUUCAUCAACGACACCAUCCUGGACGUCUUCUUCUACAACAGCUCCACGUACUGCCAGACCAUCGUGGACACGGUGGCCUCGGAGAUGAACCGUCUGUACCACCUCUUCCUCCAGAGGAACCCCCUCUUCAGCGGGGGGGUCUCCAUCGCGGGGCACAGCCUGGGCUCGCUCAUUUUGUUUGAUCUCCUGACCAACCAGAAAGCUUCUCCCGAGGAGGAGGAGGGGGAGGUAGGUGUGAUCCAUCGGGCCCCGGGGGGUGUUCCUGCAGGAGAAAGGAGACUCCAAAAGGCUCCGGAGAAAGGAGGAGAGCAAACCCCAGGCUGGCUGUGCUCACAGGGGCACAGGUUGGCCUCCAGCAGCAGGGGAAUUGAGGAGGUGAAAGAAAUCCUGAAGGAGCUGGAGCUGUCUGAAUAUUGUGAUGUCUUUGAGAAGGAGAAGAUGGAUGGAAAGGCACUGUUCUUGUGCACGGAGAACAACCUUAAAGAAAUGGGAAUCCCCUUAGGACCAAGGAUGAAGAUUCUCCACUACAUCAGCUCCCAGAGGCAGAUGCAGGACCAGAGCUCAGCAGUUCCCAGGCACCCUGGGGGGCAGGGGGCACCCCCUGGGUCCCCAUCACAGCACCAGGACAGCCCAGAGGACAACAGGAAUUGCCAGUACCGGGACAUUGGCUUAGGACAGGUCUCAGCUAACUACCCCCAGCUGGACUACAAGCCCACCAUCUUCUUUGCUUUUGGGUCUCCCAUCGGGAUGUUCCUAACGGUGCGGGGGGUGAAGAGGAUCAACCCCAACUACAGCCUCCCCACCUGCAAGGGCUUCUUCAACAUCUUCCACCCCUUUGACCCAGUGGCCUACAGGAUCGAGCCCAUGAUUGUCCCAGACCUGGAGUUUGAGCCCAUGCUGCUGCCCCACCACAAGGGCAGGAAGAGGAUGCACCUGGAGCUGAAGGAAGGGCUGACCCGAAUGAGCCUGGACCUGAAGAACAAUCUCCUGGGGUCCCUACGGGUGGCCUGGCAAUCCUUCACCCGGGCCCAGCUCCCAGCCCUGGAGGCAGCCAGCACCGACACCGGCACCAGCACCGAACCGGAGCCAGAAGCUGCAGCAGAGAAGGAGCCGGCCCUGAAGUCAGAGGAGCCCAGCGUGGCAGGGAAGGAGGAGGGGUCCCUCAUCAACGUGGGGAGGCUGAAUGGGGGGAACCGCAUCGACUACGUGCUGCAGGAGAAGCCAAUAGAGAGCUUUAACGAGUAUUUAUUUGCACUUCAGGGGCAUCUCUGCUACUGGGAGUCAGAAGACACUGUUCUGCUGGUUCUGAAGGAGAUCUACCAGACAAAAGGGAUCACACUGGAUCAACCCUUGCCAGGAGGCCAGUGACCACCCUGUGCUGCUCUGGCUGCUGGAUAUCCAAUUCAAGGGAAAAAAAAACCAAAAACAAAAAAAAAACCAACACCCACCGAGGGAAAACACUUCUGCUGGAGCAGACACAGCUCCUGCCCUGUGACUCCCCACAGCAACAGGUACUUUGCACCCUCCACCUUGCCAGCUCUCACUGCAGCUCCUCCAGCUCAGCUCGCUGGGACCUGGUGCCGAGGGUCUGGCUGCUCCUGAUGCAGUGAGGACACUCAGAGCUUUGUGACUUGGAGGAGGAAUAAAAGCCUUAAACACAGCCUGGAGAGAGCUCUGGCAGCCCCGUGGAGUGAAGGAGCUGGCUGGCUUCUCCCUGCCCCACCAGGAGCAAAGAGUGGGGGCUCUGGGAGGUGGCACCCCAGGGGUCAGCACCCAUGAAGGUGCCCACCAAGCAUCCUCACCUCCUCCAGCUGCUGCCUCGGGGUCCUGCCCUGGCACACAGCUCCCCAGAGCUGGUGCUGUGCCCCUCACCCUGCUCCUGCAUCCUCACCCAGCCCAGGGUGAGCCCCAAAAUGGGGCUGCAGAGGGGGGGGAAGCUUCACCCCCAGCUCCAGCCAGACCUGGGUGUGUGGGGUGGUUGCUGUGACAGCCUUUGGAAGGAGCCAAACCACUUCCCCUCCCACUUUGCCCUGCGUGGGCUGAGAAGCCUUUUCCCCACUGCCUGUGUGCUUGCCCUGCAUCGUUCCACAUCAUUUGCACUGUUUGGAAAGUUUUGUUUGCAGCCUCCAUCCCCUCCCCCCCAUCCCACCCCCAAGGAACAGAAGCUGCUCUUUCACCUGAGAGCUCAGAGCCUGAGCUGAUUGCUAAAGCAUCUCCUACAAGAGUAGGAGGAGGAAGAGUCUUAAGCUGGGGCACUCUCAUGAUCAGCUUUUUAAGUUAU